UGAUAACUCUUCUGGUGUGUGAAGACAGCAACUCAAAAGUCUUUUUUAAAAAAAAAAAAUUACGUUUUGAGGAGGUGGUUAAUAGACUCCCUAAGUCCUUUUUAAGACCUGGACACCCUGUCUUGUCCAGCCACACCCGGGAGGGAGUGGAGGGGCCAUUGGUGAUAAUGUUUGCCAGCAUUAGGGACUUUCCGGUAUUAACUAAAAGCACACAACACAUUCCCUUGGGGACUAAACGCUAAGCCUCACAUCAGCACCGUCUAGGACAACAUUUUGGAAGGGGUUUUUUUUUUUCGUUUUGUUUGACAGCCCGGAAAACAUGAUGCUAACUCCAUAGUAACAGGAUGGUGGUAAAAGCUGAACAAGUGAAUGUGAGGCAGGUGGAGUUACCAAACGGAAAAUCCCCAAGGUAGUAAACAACCAGAGACGCUGGCGUCAGCCCGGGAGACCGGGAUACGCCCAAGGCGGCUGCAGCUCAGCAGCGGGUGACGCUCUUCCGGGGGCGUGGUCUACAGCACGUCCAUUUCCGCCGGGCCCGGGUGCUGGUGUAGGUUUGAAACAGGACGUGAGGUGCUGGUGUUCCGACUCCUGAAGAGAUGCGCUGCGGUAGCGGCGCCUGGGCCUGCCGCCGGGCCUGCAGGUGCUGGCUGUCCGGGUACGCGGGUCCCGCAGAUGGGACGCAGCAGCCUGACGCCCCCGAGCAGGCGGUGGCCCGCGAGGCGCUGGUAGACCUCUGCCGGAGGAGGCACUUUCUCAGCGGGACGCCGCAGCAGCUCAGCACGGCUGCUCUGCUGAGCGGGUGCCACGCGCGCUUUGGACCUUUGGGUGUAGAGUUACGAAAGAACCUAGCCUCACAGUGGUGGUCCUCUAUGGUGGUGUUCAGGGAGCAGGUCUUCGCGGUGGACUCCCUCCACCACGAGCCGGGCUCUUCGCCGCCGGGGGACAGUGCCUUCAGGUUAGUCUCUCCAGAAAGUAUACGCGAAAUCUUGCAAGACAGAGAGCCGAGUAAGGAACAGCUAGUGGCAUUUCUUGAGAACUUAUUAAAAACUUCUGGGAAACUACGGGCGACUCUUCUUCACGGUAUGGCUCUUCGCGUUUCGUGCUCUGACCUGGAAUUCACUUUCAGCUCAGUCGGACCUACAGCUCAUGUCAAUCCUCUUAGUUUAGACGGGAUUAAAGGUGUGAAUCUCCAGCCCCUCCAGUUCGUUUGUUUGCGGUUUAUUGUGGUCCCGGAUAUAAACCAGAAAGCCUUGCGUGUGCUGGGCAUUCACUCUGCUGAGCUACACUCUCAGGAUGCUAGACCUGGAAGCUCCGGGACCUUCUCGGACACUAACUCAGCGGGGCGCUUUGUUUUGCAGUUUGCCAUGAGUCCCUCUAACUUCAGCAGCGCUGAUUGUCAGGAUGAAUUGGGACGCAAGGGAAGCAAACUUUACUACAGCUUCCCCUGGGGAAAGGAGCCAAUAGAAACCCUGUGGAACUUAGGAGAUCAAGACCUCCUGCACACGUAUCCUGGAAAUGUGUCUACGCUACAGGGUCGAGAUGGGCGGAAAAACGUGGUUCCUUGCGUUCUGUCUGUGAGUGGGGACCUAGACGUGGGCACGCUGGCUUACCUCUACGACUCCUUCCAGCUGGCAGAGAACUCCUUUGCCAGGAAGAAGAGCCUCCAGAGAAAGGUGCUUAAACUUCACCCUUGUUUAGCCCCUAUUAAGGUCGCUUUGGAUGUGGGGAAAGGCCCAACAGUAGAACUCCGACAGGUUUGUCAAGGGCUACUUAAUGAAUUACUAGAAAGUGGGGUUUCUCUGUGGCCUGGUUACUCGGAAACUGUGCAUUCCUCAUUAGAGCAGCUCCAUUCAAAGUACGAUGAGAUGAGCGUCCUCUUCUCAGUGCUGAUCACUGAGACGACGCUGGAAAACGGGCUAAUCCAGCUGCGGAGCAGAGACACCACGAUGAAGGAAAUGAUGCACAUAUCCAAGCUGAGAGACUUCCUGGUCAAGUACCUCGCGUCAGCUAGCCAUGUGUAGGUCUUCAUAUUCUCUAAUAAAUCGUCUCGGUUGAGUUCAUUAACUUACA